CUUUUCUAUGUUGGCAUGGGCUGGGCAUUUUUGUUGCAUUUUCUUGACUCGGUGUUGAAGAUGGAAAGGUUAGCCAGUCUCGUCUGUCGUCGACUGUUGCCAACUUUCAGUCACCAUGCCCGGCGCAGUCUUCACCGAACUACACCUGCAAGUAGUGAUGCUCUGUUCGUGCACCGUGACAGCAGCUAUAAUAAUCCCCAAACACCAUUUGAAUUCACUGCAGAAAAUCUGAAGAGAGCUGAAGCCAUAAUUUCCAACUAUCCUGAGGCCCAUAAAGCUGCAGCUGUUAUUCCACUUCUGGAUCUUGCGCAGAGGCAAUAUGGUUGGACUCCCAUCUCAGCAAUGCAUAAAGUAGCUGACAUGGUGGGAAUAUCACGUAUGAGAGUCUAUGAAGUAGCUACAUUCUACACUAUGUUUAACAGAGAACCUGUGGGCAAGAACCUUGUCCAGGUAUGUACCACAACUCCUUGUAUGCUAGGUGGCAUUGGCUCUGAUUUAAUCCUUGAAGCCAUAAAGAAAAAUCUUGGUAUUAACGUUGGUGAAACUACCACCGACAAUAUGUUUACUCUUACUGAAGUAGAAUGUCUUGGAGCUUGUGUGAAUGCUCCUAUGGUGCAAAUCAAUGAUGAUUAUUAUGAAGAUUUAACUGUUGAAGACAUAAAUAAUAUUUUGGAUGAUAUUAAAGUUGGUAAAAAGCCCAUAGCAGGACCACAAAGUGGUCAGCAACAUCGUUUUUCUUGUGAGCCAAAAGGUGGACUAACUUGUUUGACUACCCCACCUCCUGGACCAGGUUUUGGUGUGAGGGAAGAUUUAUGAAAACAAAAAAAUAGAGACCAUGUAUUACUUAGCUUUCUUUCAACACUGAAAUGUAUGAUGUAAAAUAAAUUUAUUACUGAAUA